GAGAACGGAGGGCUACGCCGCCUUCCAGGAGGACAGUUCGGCCGACGAAGCAGAGAGCCCGUCCAAGAUGAAGCGCUCCAAGGGAAUCCACGUGUUCAAGAAACCCAGCUUCUCCAAGAAGAAGGAGAAGGAAUUCAAGGUGAAGGAGAAGGAGAAGGAGAAGGAGAAGGAAAAGGAGAAAGAGAAAGAGAAGGAGAAGGAAAGGGCGCCGAAGGAAGACAAAGCCGCCAAAGAUAAGAAAUCAAAGGAUCUGACGGCAGCCGACGUGGUUAAACAAUGGAAGGAGAAGAAGAAGAAGAAGAAACCGACAACAGAGGCAGAGCCCGUCCCGGUGGAGGUCCCCACCUUCAGGCCCAUCUUUGGAGCGCCUCUCGCUGAAGCCGUGAAGAGGACGGCUCUGUACGACGGCCUCCAGCUGCCCGCCGUCUUCAGAGAGUGUGUGGACUACAUCGAGAGUUACGGCAUGAAGUGUGAAGGCAUCUACAGAGUUUCAGGACAACAAGAGGAUGAAGAGGACGCUGGAGGAGGAGCAGCGAGCGAGGAAGGAGCUGGAGAAAGUCGUGCGGAGAGUCCUGAAGAGCAUGGACGACCCGACCUGGGACGAGACGAACCUCUGAUCGUCACAGACUCUAAAAUGACCUUUCCUUCAAACCUGUUCCCUCUUCCUAUGACCUUCACAGUGACCUUUGUACCAAACUUUGGACCAAGAGAGAAAGAGUCUGCCAGAAAAAUCAGCAAAGCCAUCCUCACUGACCGUAAAGCUGUGAAGCCAAAUUAG